CUGCCAAAAAGGAGAGAGACAGAGAGGGGGGGACAAGAAACUCCAAACUACAGGUUGCAGCAAGAACAAAAACUCAAGAGGAGAGGAGAGACCUGCUGCAUGUGUGUGAGAGAGAGACAGGGACAACAUUUGCGACAUCUCCAGAUUUUUGUGCACGAAAAAAAAAACUUUUCUUUCCAAACCAACCCGAUGUCUAGCAAGCGUCCCAAACCGGAAAAAACUGAAAAGCCAAAAAUGGCGCAGAGACUUAGCCGCGAUCUGACUUGCUCGAUCUGCCUGGAUUUAUUCAAGCAGCCGGUGUCUCUCCCGUGCGAUCACACCUUCUGCAAAUCUUGCAUUACUAACUACUGGAGCGGCGGAGGAGGAGGAGGCGCGCGCGUAACCGGUCAGCCCGCCACCGGCUCGUCCAGCUCGUGCCCACAGUGCCGCAAAGUGUUCCCGGGCCAGGCGUACCGGCCCAACCGCAUCGUCGCCAACAUCGUCGAGAGCUACACCCGGGAGAUCGAGGAGGAGAGCGCGAGCGCCGCGUGCAGCACGCCGAGCGCCGCGCCGCGCUGCGCGCGACACCGCGAGGAGCUCAAGCUCUACUGCGAGGAGGAGCACGAGCUCGUGUGUCUCGUGUGCGCCGUGUCGCAGGAGCACCGCUCUCACGCGCUGGUGUGUGUGGACGAGGCGGAGCAGAAGUACAGGAAGACACUGAGCAGCUUGUCCACGGCACUUCAGGCAGAGCUGAACACAGCGCUGGAGUGUGAGAGGGACACUGAGGAUGAGGUAAAGAAACUGAAGGAACACACUGCGGACCUCAAGCAGCGUAUCGAGGCUCAGUUUAGUGACCUCCACCAGUUCCUGUAUCAGGAGGAGAAAAUGCUGCAGGUGAAGCUCAAGACAGAGGAGCGGAGGGAGCUGAUCCGCCUGGACGAGCACAAAGCCCUGCUGUGUGUGGAGAUAUCCCGGCUGCGGCGUGCUUUCUCAGAGAUCGAAGAAAAACUGAGAGAGCAUGAACCAUACACACUGCUUAGGAACAUAAAGACUCUACUUCAGAGGCAACCACUGAAGUUUGAGAAACCGUCUCUGACACCGCCACAGCUGUGCGAGGGUCGAUUCGCUGGGCCACUUCAGUACCGUGUCUGGAAAUCUCUCAAAGGCAGCCUCUAUCCAGUGCCAUCAGCCAUCACAUUCAACUCGAGCACAGCGAACCCAUGGCUAAGCGUGACGCCGUCUCUCACCUGCGUGCGCUACCAGACCUUCAACAACUCAGCACGUGACAACCCACAACGCUUCGACGCUGCUCUGUCCCUACUCGGUAGUCAAGGCUUCACCCAUGGAUGCCACUACUGGGAAAUUGAAGUGUCAAGCAGUGCUGUGUGGACGGUGGGCGUGGCACGAGAAUCUGUCGGCAGGAAAGGUGUGAUCAAAGCGCUACCGGCCAACGGCUUCUGGACCGUCUCGCUCUCCUAUGGUGUGCAGUACAUGGCAGGGACAUGGCCUCCCACUGUCCUGUCCUUGCAUGAGCAGUUGGAGCGCGUUGGUGUGUACCUCGACUAUAAGAGAGGUCUUGUGUCGUUCUACAACGCUGAGAGCAUGACACACCUCUAUACGUUCCGGGACAACUUUAACGAGACGCUCUAUCCUUACUUUAACCUCGGCUUUCUGGAUAAAGUGCAUGAGAACGAGCCGCUAAAAGUCUUCAUGCCUAAAAUAUAAACCUGAAUUUGGUGCUAAUACUAAAACGAGUGUAGUUUAGGGUGCAAAACCUUGCGUGCACUACCAAGGAAGUUAUCAAAUGCUGCAUUCUUCUCAGUGUGCUAUUUUUCGUGGGUGCAUAGGUUAAUGUUGUGAUGAAUCCUCAUUUAAAAUGAACCCACCUGAUCACUUCUUGUUUUUUCUCAGUCAUUUUGAUUUCAUUGAACAGCAUUCAACAUCCAUGGUCAGGAGCCCAAGAAUAACAAAGCGACCAUGCUCUCAGGAAGGGAUGCUUUCUCAACCCUUUUAAUCAAAUCAACAUAACAUUAACCAAUCAUGAGUGUCUGGUAGCUUGU